UGGCCCUUGUGACAGCUGGGUUGCCAGGGGCAAAUGUGCUUUUAACUUUGCGCCAUCGAUCAAAUUUACUUGUAUCAUUAUUAUUAUAUUCGUAGUCACAAACAAUAGCAACACAUCUGCUCACCGCAAAGAUGUCUUACCAGAAUUGGCUAAACUACUUGACGUCGGCUGAGAAGAACUCGAUGAUCAGCGGCCGACUGCGCAAGGUGCUCUACAAGUUUCCAGACGGCCAACAAAUGGCCGAGGACUACAAUUUAGACACCGGCGUCGUGCUGCGUCGAGCCUGGCGCAAGUGCAAGCAACUGAUGGGACAGCCCGAGUGGGAAAUUGAGUUGGGCGAGGAGCCCCGGCAGAUGAAUUGGUCUGGCAACACAACCAACGGAGCUGGAGGAGGAGAUGCAGCUAACACGCCUGAUGACGACUUCAUGCUGCGCGAGAGCAACACCGCCCCCCUGCUGACAAAGCGGGUGACCAAGAAGAACAUCGAAUGGCGCAUCCGCAACAUGCCCUAUCCCCUGAAUGUGUACAAUGUCAGCGCUAGCCCCGAGCAGCACUCCAUUAUUGUACGCACUACCAAUAAGAAGUACUACAAGGUGAUUCCAGUACCUGAAUUGGACCGCUGUGGCACUCCACCUGCACAGUCCAACAUCUCUGUGCAUCAUCAGUUCAAUACCCUGAUCAUCACGUACCUGAAACCACCCAUUCUCUGCGAGAUGGAGGCCCAGGUGCUGCUUCUGCUGAAGGACGUGGAGACUGAGACGGACAUGGAUGACCUGUUAAAGGGAUUGAUGGCCAAAUAAAAGCUCUAGCAUGUAGUAAAUUAAAAAUUAAUACUAUUUUAA